AUGAAGAAAUUCUUGGCACUUGUCCUUCUGAUGGGAAUUGUGAGAAAACCAGAAGUAUCAGACUACUGGAGCACAAAUCCUUUACUGAAAGGCUCAAUUUUCAACAGUGUGAUGCCCAGAAAUCGUUUUCAAUCAAUCUUGCAGUUUCUGCAUUUUGCAAAUAAUAGUAGAUAUGAUGCAAAUGAUCCAAACCAUGACAGAUUAUACAUGGUGAGGCCUGCUGUUGAAUAUCUGGUGUCAAAGUUCCAGAGUGUUUACACUCCGGAGAAGCACAUUUCAAUUGAUGAGGAAUUAUUGCUAUGGAAAGGCAGGGUUGGUUUCAAGCAGUAUAUUCCACUAAAGAGAGCAAGAUUUGGCAUCAAGAUGUUUAGCCCCUGUGAAACCAAAGGCUACCUCUGGAACUCUUAUGUAUACCUUGGGAAAGAGCCGGAUGCCGCAGCUGCUGAUCAGCAACUAUACGUAGACUUGGUAAGAGUGGCGCUGUUAUCCGACGACUGA